AUGACCGAGGGCGCGCCGACAGCCGACGAGGUCCGGGUGGCCCUGGGCGCGCCUGCCCCUGGCCCUGGGGCGGCAGGGGUGUCCCCGGCCAGCCCCGGGGCGCCGGGGCGCGAGGCGGGGAGGGGGGCCGAGCCCGGCGAAUCGCCCCCCGAGAGUCCGGCGGCCGAGCGCAGCGCGGAGCUGGGCGCCGACGGGGAGCAGCCUGUCCCGUACCCGGCGCUGGCGGCCACGGUCUUCUUCUGCCUCGGGCAGACCACGCGGCCGCGCAGCUGGUGCCUCCGGCUGGUGUGUAACCCAUAUCCUUGCGGGCCUGGGAGACGCCUGAGCCCGCCUUGCAGCCUCCCUGAGGGAGACACGUGGUUCGAGCAGGUGAGCAUGCUGGUCAUCACGCUGAACUGCGUGACCCUGGGCAUGUUCCGGCCCUGCGAGGACGUCGAGUGCCGCUCCGAGCGCUGCACCAUCCUGAAGGCCUUCGACGACUUCAUCUUCGCCUUCUUCGCUGCGGAGAUGGCCGUCAAGAUGGUGGCUCUGGGGCUGCUCGGGCAGAAGUGCUACCUGGGUGACACGUGGAACCGGCUGGACUUCUUCAUCGUCGUGGCGGGCAUGAUGGAGUACUCUCUGGACGGACACAAUGUGAGCCUCUCCGCCAUCCGGACCGUGCGUGUCCUGCGGCCCCUCCGGGCCAUCAACCGCGUGCCCAGCAUGCGCAUCCUGGUCACCUUGCUGCUGGACACGCUGCCCAUGCUCGGGAACGUCCUGCUGCUCUGCUUCUUCGUCUUCUUCAUCUUCGGCAUCGUGGGCGUGCAGCUCUGGGCCGGGCUGCUGCGGAACCGCUGCUUCCUGGACAGCACCUUCGUCAGGAACAACAACCUGACCUUCCUGCGGCCGUACUACCAGACGGACGAGGGCGAGGAGAACCCGUUCAUCUGCUCCGCGCGCCGCGACAACGGCAUGCAGAAGUGCUCGCACAUCCCCAGCCGCCGCGAGCUGCGUGUGCCGUGCACGCUGGGCUGGGAGGCCUACGCGCAGCCCCAGGCCGAGGGCGCGGGCGCCGCCCGCAACGCCUGCAUCAACUGGAACCAGUACUACAACGUGUGCCGCUCCGGCGACUCCAACCCGCACAACGGCGCCAUCAACUUCGACAACAUCGGCUACGCCUGGAUCGCCAUCUUCCAGGUGAUCACGCUGGAGGGCUGGGUGGACAUCAUGUACUACGUCAUGGACGCCCACUCCUUCUACAACUUCAUCUACUUCAUCCUGCUCAUCAUUGUGGGCUCCUUCUUCAUGAUCAACCUGUGCCUGGUGGUGAUCGCCACGCAGUUCUCGGAGACGAAGCAGCGGGAGAGCCGGCUGAUGCGGGAGCAGCGGGCGCGGCACCUGUCCAACGACAGCACCCUGGCCAGCUUCUCGGAGCCGGGCAGCUGCUACGAGGAGCUGCUCAAGUACGUGGGCCACAUCUGCCGCAAGGUCAAACGGCGCAGCCUGCGCCUCUACGCCCGCUGGCAGAGCCGCUGGCGCAAGAAGGUGGACCCCAGCAGCGCCCCGCACGGCCAGGGCCCCGGGCGCCGGCAGCGCGGGGUGGGCGGCCACGCGGCCUCCGUCCACCACCUGGUUUACCACCACCACCAUCACCACCACCACCACUACCACUUCAGCCACAGCAGCCCGCGCAGGCCCGGCCCGGAGCCGGGCGCUGGAGACACCAGGCUGGUGCGGGCGGGCGGGCCCCCCUCGCCGCCCUCCCCGGGCCGAGGGCCGCCCGACGCGGAGUCCGUGCACAGCAUCUACCACGCCGACUGCCACGUGGAGGGGCCGCAGGGGAGGGCCCGGGUGGCACAUGCCGAGGCCACUGCCGCCGCGAGCCUCAAGCUGGCCACGGGGCUGGGCGCCAUGAACUACCCCACCAUCCUGCCCUCGGCGGCAGGUGGCGGCAAAGGCGGCGCCAGCCCCUCGCCCCAGGGGAUGCAGCCCGGCGGGUCGCUGGGCGCCAGAGGGCACAGCCCCCUGAGCUUGGGCAGCCCCGAUGCCUAUGAGAAGAUCCAGCACGUGGUCGGGGAACACGGCCUGGGCCGUGCCCCCAGCCACCUGUCUGGCCUGAGCGUGCCCUGCCCGCUGCCCAGCCCCCAGGCGGGCACGCUGACCUGCGAGCUGAAGAGCUGCCCGUACUGCGCCAGCGCCGUGGAGGACCCCGAGCUGGAGCUCAGCGGCUCAGAGAGCGGAGACUCGGACGGCCACGGGGUCUAUGAGUUCACGCAGGACGUGCGACGUGGCGACCGUCGGGACCCCGUGCAGCCGCCCCCAGCGGCGGGCACGCCGGGCCAGGGCAGCACGCGGCGGCGGGUGGCCUCGGACAAGCCGGGCAGGCUGUGCCGCCUCUGGGCCUCCGUGGGCGGGAAGCUGCGGCGCAUCGUGGACAGCAAGUACUUCAGCCGCGGCAUCAUGGCAGCCAUCCUGGUGAACACGCUGAGCAUGGGCGUCGAGCACCACGAGCAGCCCGACGAGCUGACCAACGCCCUGGAGAUCAGCAACGUGGUCUUCACCAGCAUGUUCGCCCUGGAGAUGCUGCUGAAGCUGGUGGCCUGUGGCCCCCUGGGCUACGCCCGCAGCCCCUACAACAUCUUCGAUGGCGUCAUUGUGGUUAUCAGCGUCUGGGAGAUCGUGGGGCAGGCGGACGGCGGGCUGUCGGUGCUGCGCACCUUCCGGCUGCUGCGCGUGCUCAAGCUGGUGCGCUUCCUGCCCGCCCUGCGGCGCCAGCUCGUGGUGCUCGUGAAGACCAUGGACAACGUGGCCACCUUCUGCAUGCUGCUCAUGCUCUUCAUCUUCAUCUUCAGCAUCCUGGGCAUGCACCUUUUUGGCUGCAAGUUCAGCCUGAAGACAGACACGGGAGACACCGUCCCAGACAGAAAGAACUUUGACUCCCUGCUGUGGGCCAUCGUCACCGUGUUCCAGAUCCUGACGCAGGAGGACUGGAACGUGGUGCUGUACAACGGCAUGGCCUCCACCUCCUCCUGGGCCGCCCUCUACUUUGUGGCCCUGAUGACCUUUGGCAACUACGUGCUCUUCAACCUGCUCGUGGCCAUCCUGGUGGAGGGCUUCCAGGCGGAGGGUGACGCCAACAGAUCUGACACAGACGAGGACAAGACCUCCACCCACUUCGAGGAGGACCUGGACAAGCUCAGAGACCUCCGAGCCAUGGAGAUGAAGACGUACGCACUGGCGGUGACCCCCAACGGGCCGCUGGAGGGCCGAGGCAGCCUGCCCCCUCCCCUCAUUGUGCGCACGGCAGCCACGCCCAUGCCCACCCCGAAGAGCUCCCCACACCUGGACGUGACCCACGGCCUCCAGGACUCAUGGCGCGGCAGCGGCAGCUCCGUGGACCCCCAGCUGGGGGACCAGAAAUCUCCGGCCGGCCCCCUCGGCUCCCCCUGGGGCCCCAGCAGCGCCUGGAGCAGCCGGCGCUCCAGCUGGAACAGCCUGGGCCGUGCGCCCAGCCUGAAGCGCCGCGGCCAGCGCGGGGAGCGCGAGUCGCUGCUGUCCGGCGAGGGCAAGGGGAGCACCGACGACGAGGCCGAGGACAGCAGGCCCGGCGAGGGCGCCCGCGCCACCCCCCUGCGCCGCGCCGAGUCCCUGGGCCACCGCAGCACGCUCGACCUGCGGCCCCCGCGGCCGGCCGCCCUCCUGCCCAGCAAGUGCCAUGACUGCAACGGGCAGAUGCUGGCCCUGCCCAGCGAGCUCUUCCUGCGCUUCGACAGCCACAGGGAGGAUGCGGCCGAGCUGGACGACGACGCGGAGGAUAGCUGCUGCUUCCGCCUGCACAAGGUGCUGGAGCCACACAAGCCCCAGUGGUGCCGCAGCCGCGAGUCCUGGGCCUUGUACCUCUUCUCCCCGCAGAACCGGCUCCGCCUCUGCUGCCAGCGGACUGUGGCGCACAAGAUGUUCGACCACGUGGUGCUCGUCUUCAUCUUCCUCAACUGCAUCACCAUCGCCCUGGAGAGGCCCGACAUCGACCCUGGCAGCACCGAACGGGCCUUCCUCAGCGUGUCCAACUACGUCUUCACAGCCAUCUUCGUGGCCGAGAUGAUGGUGAAGGUGGUGGCGCAGGGCCUGGCGGCGGGCGAGCGGGCCUACCUGCAGAGCAGCUGGAACGUGCUGGACGGGCUCCUGGUGCUCGUGUCCCUGGUGGACAUCGUCGUGGCCGUGGCCUCGGCGGGCGGCGCCAAGAUCCUGGGCGUGCUGCGCGUGCUGCGCCUGCUGCGGACCCUGCGGCCUCUGAGGGUCAUCAGCCGGGCGCCCGGCCUCAAGCUGGUGGUGGAGACUCUGAUCUCGUCGCUGCGGCCCAUCGGCAACAUCGUGCUCAUCUGCUGCGCCUUCUUCAUCGUCUUCGGCAUCCUGGGCGUGCAGCUCUUCAAGGGCAAGUUCUACUACUGUGAGGGCAGCGACACGCGCAACGUCACCACCAAGGCCGAGUGCCGGGCCGCCCACUACCGCUGGGUGCGGCGCAAGUACAACUUCGACAACCUGGGCCAGGCGCUGAUGUCGCUGUUCGUGCUGUCGUCCAAGGACGGCUGGGUGAACAUCAUGUACGACGGGCUGGACGCCGUGGGCGUGGACCAGCAGCCCGUGCAGAACCACAACCCCUGGAUGCUGCUCUACUUCGUGUCCUUCCUGCUCAUCGUCAGCUUCUUUGUGCUCAACAUGUUCGUGGGCGUCGUGGUCGAGAACUUCCACAAGUGCCGGCAGCACCAGGAGGCCGAGGAGGCGCGGCGGCGCGAGGAGAAGCGGCUGCGGCGCCUGGAGCGGAGGCGCAGGAGCACUUACCCCAGCCCAGAGGCCCAGCGCCGGCCGUACUACGCCGACUACGCGCCCACCCGCCGCUCCAUCCACACGCUGUGCACCAGCCACUACCUGGACCUCUUCAUCACCUUCAUCAUCUGCGUCAACGUCAUCACCAUGUCCAUGGAGCACUAUAACCAGCCCAAGUCGCUGGACGAGGCGCUCAAGUACUGCAACUACGUCUUCACCAUCGUCUUCGUCUUCGAGGCAGUUCUGAAGCUCGUGGCGUUUGGGUUCCGCCGGUUCUUCAAGGACAGGUGGAACCAGCUGGACCUGGCCAUCGUCCUGCUGUCCCUGGUGGGCAUCGUGCUGGAGGAGAUCGAGACCAGCGCCGCACUGCCCGUCAACCCCACCAUCAUCCGCAUCAUGCGCGUGCUGCGCAUCGCCCGCGUGCUGAAGCUGCUCAAGAUGGCCACGGGCAUGCGGGCGCUGCUGGACACCGUGGUGCAAGCCCUGCCCCAGGUAGGGAACCUUGGCCUUCUUUUCAUGCUCCUGUUUUUUAUCUAUGCUGCCCUGGGAGUGGAGCUGUUCGGGAGGCUUGAGUGCAGCGAGGACAACCCGUGCGAGGGCCUGAGCCGGCACGCCACCUUCUCCAACUUCGGCAUGGCCUUCCUCACGCUGUUCCGCGUGUCCACCGGGGACAACUGGAACGGGAUCAUGAAGGACACGCUGCGCGAGUGCACCCGCGAGGACAGGCACUGCCUCAGCUACCUGCCGGCCCUGUCACCCGUCUACUUCGUCACCUUCGUGCUGGUGGCCCAGUUUGUGCUGGUCAACGUGGUGGUGGCCGUGCUCAUGAAGCACCUGGAGGAGAGCAACAAGGAGGCGCGCGAGGACGCGGAGACGGACGCCGAGCUGGAGCUGGAGCUGGCGCAGGAGCCCCCGGCCAGGCCCGCCGCGGGCACGCCGCCCUCGCCCCGCGGGAGCCCGGACGCCCCGGGCCUGCUGGCCGUGCGCAAGGUGUCUGUGUGCAGGAUGCUCUCGCUGCCCAACGACAGCUACAUGUUCCGGCCCGUGGCGCCCGCCGCGGCCCGCCCCCCGCGCCCGCUGCAGGAGGUGGAGAUGGAGACCCGUGUGGGCGGCACCCCCGCGGGCUCGGCUGUCGCUGCUCACUCGCCGCCCCCGGAGCCUUGCGCCUGCCUCCGGGUCCCGGUGGCCGAGUCCUCCCCGGCCAGGGCCAGCGUCACUCUCCGUGCACCGUCCCCUCGGGGCACGCCCCGCUCCCCAAGCCUCGGCCGGCUGCUCUGCAGACAGGAGGCUGUGCACACCGAGCCCCUGGAGGGGCACAGUGACAGCCUCGGGGACAGCGGCACCCUGGACUCCGAGGAGCCCGAGAAGACCCCAGUGAGGCAGGUGUCGCUGGGGAGCUCCUCGCGGCCCGCCAGCGUCCGCACCCGGAAGCACACCUUCGGACAGCACUGGGUCUCCAGCCGGCCGCCGGCGCCAGGCAGAGAUGAGGCAGAGGCCGCCGACCCGGCGGACGAGGAGGUCAGCCACAUCACCGGCGCUGCCCACGCCUGGCCGCCCCCGGCCGAGCCCCGUGGCCCCGGGGUGCCCGGUGGCGAGCGGGCCCCGUGCAGGCGCUGCAGUGUGGACGCCCAGGGCCCUCCGGACAGGCCGGGCCGCGCAGAUGAGCAGAGGUGGCCCGUGGCGGAGCCAGACGGCGGGGAGCUCAGCCCGGAGCCCGGGGAGGGGAAGGCCCGGGGCCUGGAGGCCGAGCCGGCCCUGGGCACUCGCAGGAAGAAGAAGAUGAGCCCCCCCUGCAUCUCUGUGGACCCCCCUGCGGAGGACGAGGGCUCGGCCCGGCCCCCCGCGGCAGAGGGCAGCACCACCCUGCGGCGCAGGACCCCCUCCUGCGAGGCUGCCCCCCACAGGGACACCCUGGAGCCCGUGGAGGGCCCGGGUGCCGGAGGGGACCCUGCAGCCAGGGGGGAGCGGUGGGGCCCAGCCCCCUGCUGGGCAGAGCAUCUGACCGUCCCCAACUUUGCCUUCAAGCCACUGGACCUGGGGGGCCCUGGGGGAGACCCUUUCUUGGACAGUGGCCACAGCGUGACCCCAGAACCCAGAGCUUCCUCCCCAGGGGCCACGGCACCUCGGGGACCCCAGGAAACAGAGCCUCCCGUGCCCUCUGGUGACCCCCCAGAGAAGAGGCGGGGGCUGUACCUCACUGUCCCCCAGGCCCCCCUCAAGAAGCCGGGGUCCCCCCCAGCCACUCGCCCGGGGAAGGGUGUGGAUGAGCCCGUGUAGCUGGGCCUUGGCGCCACUCGGGGUUGGCUCUGGGCGCCGGGGUGCCCGGUUGGGCGAGAGGCGCCGGGAGGCUGCCGGCAGGGCAGAGGC